CAAACCCACGCAAUAGUCAUUCCAUCUUAUGCUUCUUGGUUUAAUUUCAGAAAAGUAAGAAGAGUCGAGAUUGAAUCUUUGCCCGAUUUUUUUGAUAAUUCAAGUAGAUCAAAAACACCAUUAAUUUACAUUAAAUAUAGAAAUUUUAUGAUAAAUACUUAUAGAUUAAAUCCUAGUGAAAAUUUAACCGUUACUGCCUGUCGUCGAAAUCUAGUUGGAGACGCAGGCUCAAUUCUUAGAAUACAUCGUUUUUUGACUAAAUGGGGACUAAUCAACUACCAAGUGUCUCCUGAGCUUGCAAUUAGAAAUGUCGAACCUCCAUUGACAGACCAUUUCAAGAUUGACACUGAUACUCCAAAGGGAUUAUUUCCAUUUCAACCAUAUAAACUACCAAAGGAAACAGAUGAAAACACAAAUAAUGUUGAGAAAAAAAUAAAUGGAACAAAAGAAAAUGACAUUGUUGUCUCUAACAAAAAAGUGAAAACUAAAGCCUUUAAUAUCAAAAGACCGAAUAUUUUAGCUUCUCUUUCAAUUGAUAAAAAUUCUAUAUCCAGUUGGAAGCCUGAAGAAAUAAAAAAAUUGUUAGAGGGUGUUGAAACAUUUAACAGUAAUUGGCAUAAAAUUGCUGAAUUUGUUGGCACAAAAACACCAGAACAGUGUAUUUUAAGAUUUUUGAAAUUGCCAAUUGAAGAUCCAUAUUUAGAAAAGCAUCCAGAAAAAUUAGGACCUUUGAAGUAUGCUCCAUAUAUUCCAUUUAGUGCAAUAGAUAACCCAAUCAUGACGGCGAUUGCUUAUUUAUGUGAGUUGGUAGAUGCUGACAUUGCAAAAUCAGCAUCUCAGAACGCUAUAAAGAAAAUUGAACGUGACUUGAUAGAAAAAUUGAGUGGAGGAGAAAAAGUUAAAUUGAAAAAAUCAAUAAACAAUGAUGAUUUGGAUCCAAAAACAGAAAAAGUUCCUGAGGAACCUAGAACUGAUCCAUUAGAUUAUAUAAAAGAGGGAACGUAUAUGGCCAUGGGUUCUGCUGCAGCAAGAUCGCAUAUCUUUUCUCGUUAUGAAGAACGUGAAAUGCAUAAGCUGAUAAUGAAACUACUAAAUUUUCAAUUCACUAAGAUCAAUUUAAAACUAGAAAAAAUGAGAGUUUGCGAGAAACUGUUAGAGUUGGAAAAAAAAUCAUUGCAGAAGUUUCAACAAGAAAUUUUCCUCAAUAGCUUAUCAUUAGCCAAGCAUAGUUCGUCUAUCAAUUCCAAGCUAUCCAAUGCAAUCUCUGUUUUAAAAGAAACAGUGGACCUAUUCAAAUCAUCUGCGAAAUUUAUUAGUGAAGCCAAAAAGUUAUUUCUUAAUCCUGUUAAAUAUUCGGUAUUUCAUGAUAAAGCUCAAGAUAAAAGCAAUAAAAGUGGUAUUAGUAGUGAAGUGUCUGAUGUUAAUCCAAUUAGCGUUGCUGCUCCAAAUCUUUAUAAAUAUUGGGGCGGCUAA